GGUAUGCAGGAAGAGUUUGACACUCUCAUUAAUAAAUAAGCAGUGAACUAAACUAUGGAAAACACCUUUUUUUUAUCAUUACCCCUCCACACUGAAGACAUCAAAACUCAGUUUUCUGAAGCACAACCACAAAGAUGAAGUUACUCGGUUGGAUGCAUCGUAAAUUUCGGCAGAACAGCGGUGAACCACUCAAAGACUUCGCCAUUGGCCAACAAUCGCUUGACGAUCAGCAAUACAUCUCAAAGUCAAGCAUUAAACCUUUCAAGCAAUCCCAACGAGAACAGAACCUUCGAAAAUCUUUCGCUGGUCUAGAAUCAGAAGUAGGAGAUGAAGACUACGAAGAUGAAUCAUCUCAUCCAAUGUCUGAGAUCUUCCACGGAUUUCUUGCAAUUGGAACUCUAGGAUCUGAACAAGUCAUCAGUGACCCAAUGACACCAAAGUUUUCAAUUUCUGUUGAGAAUAUAACGGAAAAAGAAACUGAAGUAACUGAAAAUGAACUGAAGCUUAUUAAUGAUGAGUUGGAAAAGGUUCUAGGAGCUGAAACUAAGGAUGACGGAUACAAUGAUUCCUCUGGAAGAAACAGUUACGUGAGCAUGGGAAGGAGCAGCCAUGGUAGCACAAUUACACUCAGUGGCAAGCCAAUGGAUGGCCUAGAAAGCAAUUUGAGUGGGACCAUCAUCUGCCCACUUCAGGGGUAUCUUUUUGGGUCAGCAAUUGAAUUGUCAGAGACUACAACAACAGUGGCUAAAAAAGAAAACAGGACCUCCCUUGGCGAGCUGUUUCAGAGAAGCAAAAUAGCUGAGGAGAAUGCAGGUGCAAAAUUUGACAAGGAAGACAAGCGAGCUGAAGAGGAUAUUGAUAAAUCUGCCAUGCACCUAAUGAAAAAGAAACUGAAGAAAAGAAUGUUGUCUGCUUCUUCUAGGAGCUCUGCAACAGCUGUUGAAGGACUCAACGAUUCUGCUUCAGCAGAAACAAAACUGUAUAAGAUCUUUCACAUGUUCCACAGAAAAGUUCACCCUGAAAGUUCAACAAUCAUACAGAAGUCUGAUAAACACCAAAAGGUUCAGAAAAAGAAGAAAGCAAACCAUAACCAUGAUGGUUGCUGCAACAAUGGAGAGCAAACAUCUGAUGAGGAUAUCAUGAUAUAUCCUCAGAGAACACUGUCGAAACCAAGUUUUCGACGGAUCAAGAAUCAAUUUCCACCACAUUAUGGACUAAACAGUUCUGAUCCAAAUGACAACAAGGAACGCUGGAUUAAUUCAGAUGAAGACUAUCUAGUGCUGGAGCUUUGAGGGGUAGAAGAAGCAUAUUCCUUGUUCAUCAGUAGCCGAGUGUGUUGCAGUAUUGUCUACUCAUAUUGGUAAUUAUUGCUGAUAGUGUGCAAGUUACUACAAUCUGAACAGCGUUUGGGUGUGUGAAAAUAAGUAGAGGAUCUCCCUCUUCAACCACUCACUUUGUAUGUUGUGUGUGAAAUGUAUUGUUAUCUCUAGAACACUUUAUGGUCAUAUUUUCUUACAUAUUCCACAAAAAGCACGUCCUAAUGCAGUUGAUAUUUCCCUGUUUUCUUUUCCUUUUGCUUUCGACAACCCUCUGCUUUUUAAUUAGGCUAAAGUUAAAUAUAGACAUUUUCCCAAGUCUAUUUACCUAAUAUGAAAAAGAGAACACUGGUAGCGCAGAAAGAGAGGAGAUUUUCUGACAUUUAGAUUUACCAUAGCCAACUAAACCAACACAAAAUGUCAUUCCGUAAAUUUCCAAAAUAAUAACAUAUCCUAGGCCUAGAAGAAGUAUGGACCAAAAGCAGAAGAAUAGCCGCUGCCCAAAUCAACAACUCAAAAAUAUGAAGUUAAUAACAGAAUACCAGAAAGCAAACAAAAGAACUAAUUUAAUCUAUUCAUUACAAAACUUCCUUGGUUCUUUUUUUUUUCUAGGGGGACAGGGGGUGUAAAACACUAAUAAUAGCGAAGGAUCCUAUACAAUCUGCGUUCAAGAAUAAAAACUUCUCAGUUUCUUCCUUUCCUAGUAUAAGUUGAUUUGGUAAGAUACUUGCCAAUAUUUGCCAUCUUAUCAAGGAUACUUCUCCAUCGUUGUUCAUCCACUCCUCAUGUAGGCAAGUGCACCUGGUUAAGUUUACUUGUUGAUAACAAAGAAUUUUGGGUUGAAAAGCAAUAGGUUUCUACCCCCCCAAACAGUCUGGCAAAACAGGUAGUCAUCGACUCAUCCUUUUUAUCAGCACAAUUCGAAAUUCUGAUGUAGAUACAAUACAACUUUGUCUUCUUUCAUGAAGAAGACGUAUUUUAUAUAUGUAAAAGCAUCGGGUAAACUAAACUUCUCCUUAGGCAGAAACCAAGUAGUUGGAUUUAGCAUACCUAUCAAAUGCACAUGUAUUUGAUAUUCUGUACUCAACAUACUCAGUUACUCACCUAUUUGAUAUAGUGUAUUUAUCUGGUAAACUGGCCAUAAAUUAAUGGAGAGUAACUAAACAAAACCCCUUUUCAUUGGCACGAUUUGCAAAUGCCAACCCUUUAUUUUCCACUGCUAAUUUCCAGCAGGUUGAUUAUGUCGUUCAAUUUCUUAAACUUUCCGCUUCCUGCAAGAGGUUUCAAAAAUAUAUAUACAGAAAAUAAGUGACCUCACAAAGAAAAGCCAUGUCCAGAACAAGAGCGCUAUCCAAAAGUACACAAGUCAUACAAAAGAACCCCAACUGUUUGCAAUCAAACAGACAAAUUUCUGGAAUGAGCUUAAAGAGAAGCAUUAAACAUAGCUAAAUUCCAAACCUCCUGCCAAGUGCCCUCUAACACCCAAAGUAUCCACCUAUUCUUUCUGACCAAAUAAUCCAUAGAACGGCAACAAAAUUUAACUGUCCUGAGACUCUUUAUACUGCCCCAAGUUUUAGGGAAAUUUGCCUUCAAAGCUAAAUUUAUAAUUUCAUUUCUCUGACAUCCAAAACUUUUUUUAAUUGCCUUUCAAGAAUCUUUAUUAUAUUUUGUACCUCUUCAAAGAUAAAUUUAAUUAAUAUUGUAAACAGCUAUAAAAAAAGAAAUUAAGGAUUAUUAUGCCUACUUGAAAACUUUUCCGAAUAAGGAAGAAAUCAAAUGUUAGCUUUGAGUACAAAAUUCUCUAAGACUUGGGGCAAUACAAUCUUCCUCUGAUACAAAGGGGCAAAAUCUAAUUAAAAUUCAUCACAUGACAUCUUAACAUCUCAGGCCACAAAUGAGAAUUAAAAGAUCUUCAGUAAGCACUGUGGGAUCAUCGAUAUUAAUUCUGCCGAGAGCCACAAGGCAAGAAAACUGCUGAAGCUUAUGGAUGCAUGUCAAAGACUCCUCUCAUACAAGUGAUUUAGACAAAGCAACAACCACUAGGUAGAGAAAGCUACUAAAUUCAUAUUGAAGACCGAUAUUUUUUCUCAUUUUUCAACCUGCACUUAUGAAAUUUGCCACAGAAGGGAGAUAGGAUCAAGCGAUACUAAGAAACGGUCUAAUCAAAGCAGGUUGUCAGCAAAAGUUGUUUUAAACUCCCAUCUAUCCAAGAAGUCCAAGAAAACUCUACUACAGUUACCACCAGAUCAAUACCCCAUAUGUUCACCUUCCAAGCACAGUACAAACAUAUUUAGGUAUAAACCUGGUUUUGAGCCUAAAAUUUCAUACACAAUCUAAUGUCCCUUAAUUUUUAAAUGUUAUGUUGCAGUCCCAAGACUUUGAAUAAUAAUUCAUUCUAGUUUUUCUAUUAGUUUUAUAUAAAUCAUUUAUUUAAGAUCUAACAUAACAUGUGUUUUGAUCCUUUAUUUAAUUGUAAAUGUCUACAUGGACAAGUAUUCAAACACAAGGUCAAAACGGUAGGUUUAAAAUGGACCAAAAUCUUCUAUUCAAUUAAAUGACUAACAAAAAAAGGUGAACGGCAAGACUAAAAUAAUUUUCGUAUAAAGUUCCAGGAUAAAUUUUUAAAGUUUAUGGAUUAAAGCAAAAUAAAUAUAAAAGUGAGAGAAAUAGUAUUUAAUACAAUGUAUUAAAUUAACAUAAGAUAGGUUAUAUUGCAAGUUUAGUCAUGAAUUUGAGGAUUUUUUUUUUUUUCAUAAAUACGUGGUGGGGGAAUUGAAUCUCUGACUUCGAGAUUGAUAGCACAAGCACCGUGCCAAUUGAACUAUACUCAUUUCAACAUGAACUUUAAGAAUUGUGUCUGUUUGUGCUUGAACUUUCAAAAGAGUCAAAGUUAGUUCUUCAACUUUGAUAUUUUAAAAAAUUCACGAAUCUACUAAAUAUCCAUUAAACAUAAAUAUCCAUUAGUCAUCAAUGGAAAUAGACUAAACAGGUUCGCCUGAUGGAGAAAACACAGAAAACAACAUUGGCAAUUGAUGAAUUCCAGACCAAAUAAACCUUCAUUCGAAGGAAAGAACCAACAAACCUCUGUUUCAUCAACAUGAACACGAUGCAUCUUUCAAGUGUAUCACAUCUACAGCAACAAUUAAAUGAGUUGAUCUUUCAAGUGCUAAUUUCUAAAUGAACAAAGAAUUUGCAACCAAGGAAUAUACUUAACAAAAUACACCAAACAUCUCAUCUCACUAUCUCAGACCUUUCUAGCACAGGUACAAAUUUCUCAGAGAACGAAACCAAAUGAACCAGUUUGUUAAUAAAGCAAACUAAAAACAUGAAAGCUCUAGAAAUUGAAAAGGGAUAUUCAGUCUGGCUUACCAAACCUAGCUUCACAGGGAAAAAUGCAUUAGAUUUCAACUGCAAUUAGAAAACUACCGAUGACCAGAAAGGCAGUAAUAGAAAAUUUCCAUACCCAUCGGCAUUCUGAUUAGCUAAAAUUGCAAUGUAAAAAAAAUGAAUGAAUAUAUAUAUAUAUAUA